AUUCGCCUAGGCACCCAACAUCCUUAUUUGUCCCUUCGAUAUGAUAGAAAGCUAUUGAUCAGCAAAACUCAAAUCUAGUUCUUUUCACCUCUUUUCUGAACAUCUGCAUAUCUCGUAGCUUUUCAUUAUCAGUUUGUCACUCGUAAUAAUCGACGCGAGCUAGCUCGAAUACGUGUACAUAACUAAUUGAUCAACAUGCCAGACUCUCCAAGUGACACUCCGUUAACUGGAGGGUGUUCCUGUUCCUACGUUCGCUACAAGGUCAAUGCUGCACCGUUCGUGAUCCAUUGCUGCCACUGUCAUGAAUGUCAACGGUUGACUGGAAGUGCAUUUGUCAUCAACUAUCUGGUCGAAUCUUCGCACAUCGUUCUGGAAAACGAGGCACAACGGCCGGUCAGCGUACGAACACCAUCGACUUCGGGCUAUGGCCAGCUGAUCCAGCGGUGCCCGAAAUGUCAGGUGGCUUUGUGGAGCUACUACGGGGGAUCUGGGCCUUUAGUCGCAUUCCUGCGAACUGGCACACUCGACUUGCAGUUCCAAGGGAAAAUUGUGCCAGAUGUGCACAUAUUCACAAAGACGAAGGUGCCGUGGUUGAGAUUGCCGGAAGACAAGCCCUCCUUCGAGGAAUUUUACAGUUAUGACGAGUAUUGGAGUAAGGAGAGUUUGGAGAGACGGAGGGCAAUACAGCCAGCUGUAAAAAAAUGGAGGGAGAAACAAGAAAAGUUUUGCGAUGGGCAAGCUGAAACUCUGGAUGAGGCAGCUGUGACGAAAAUGCUGGCUGACGUAAAAUUGUAACUGAUGUUGGUUAAGUUGCUACUUAGACGGAUCAAGUCGCAUGAGCAAAAACCAACAGGACCCCCCC